UGAAGAUGAAGAUCUUAUAGUAAUAUAAUAAUAUAUAUAAUUUAUUGACUUAAAUUUCACGGUUCAAUAAACCUAGAUACAUAAAUCCUCAGACCAAGUUGAAAAACCUUUGCUCUGAAGCUUCUUUUUCUUCUUUCUCUCUCUUGAUCAUUUGUUUAAAAGACCACCAAUUAUAUAUAUAUAUACAUCGAUUCUCUCAAGUUGAAGGGUUGUCUGAGGAUCGACAACAUGGAAUGGAAGGAAUAUAGGCUUCAUCGUCAAUGAAAUUGGAUGUUUAGGGAGUUACAAAAAUCUUUAGGGUUGGCUUUCGCUGUGUCACUCGAUCAAGCUUUAGAUCAACAGGGGAAGCUUUCAUGGUAGUAUCAACUGAACGUGAGCAACGGCAGAAGACAUGAUGGAGAUGCAUGGAGAAGAAAAGAGGGUUAAUAGAGAAGUAUGUUCCCACAAGUGCACGAACUUUGACUUGAAUGAAGAAGCUAGCUGCCAAGAUAAUGAUUAUGUUGGAAAGGAAGGUGAAGUUAGCGUUGAAGAGGAAGAGAUUGAGAAGAGAUCAACUGAAGAAGGGAGUAGUAGCAAUAACAAUGGAGGCGAGGGAGGUGGCAUCAAUGAUAGAAGAAGAACAGUGAGGCAAUACGUUAGGUCAAAGUUGCCUCGCCUUCGGUGGACUCCUGAUCUUCAUCUCUCCUUCGUGCAUGCUGUCGAGAGGCUUGGUGGACAAGACAGAGCAACUCCCAAGUUAGUUCUUCAAUUGAUGAAUGUGAAGGGACUUAGCAUUGCCCAUAUAAAAAGCCAUUUGCAGAUGUACAGAAGUAAGAAGCUUGAUGAGAGUGGACAAGUAUUACGAAAAAGUAAUCGAUCAAUAAAAGGAAGGGAUGAAAUUCGGCGCAUGUCGUUGCAGCGGGCAGCCGCCGUUUCCUCAAGUCCUCAUCGACGUUUAAGAAUGGAAAAUGGUGGAAUCGUCUUAGCCGCGGAAUCUCUUGAAAAUAACUUCACGCUAACUCGUUUCCGGUCUCCUCUCUACCAACGACCACUAGAAUUCAAACCCGGCUUUCCAAGGCACCACUUAGAACCAAAUUCCUUGAUAAGCAAAGCUGGUGUAGAAAAAAAUGGUUUCCCAAAGGCAGGUGGCUUGUUGAGCAAUGAAGGGCAGUCAAACCAAAUUCAUGGAAUGGAAAUUCGAAUUGGAGGCAUGAGACGAGGGUGGGUUCUUGAAGAGAAGAGGUGGCAAAUGAUCUGUAACAGAUGGGAAAUUGAAAGAGAAAUGAGCAAACACACUUUCAUUGGGGGACACUACUCAACUAGCUCAACUCAAGGAAGCAACACAAGUACUGUUGGCCAAUUUGUUUCGGAUAACCUCAGCAAAUUCACUAGUGAGUUUGACGCCCCCUUUUUGGUUGAGUUGAACCAAGAUAAAGUGAUGGACAGAGAAUGGCUGCCUGAUCUGCAGUUAAGACUAAGCCAAAGAAUUGGAAUUGAGGAUAAGAAGAAUACCCAUUGUAAAGGCACCCACGACAUCAACACCCGACUUUCACUUUCGUAGCUUUGAUCAAGGCUUCUCCACCACAAACACAAAAAAUAGGAAACUGACAUCUUACUAAGUACCUGUCCUAUAAUUGUCUUCUCUUUUCUGGAUAGAAAGUGUAAUUGUUUUUCAUUUUAACUAUUUGUUGUCGAAUCAGAUAGAGACUCGACUUUAGGAAAUAGGAAGCGUUUGUGAUUGACAAUUAGAUGAGUGUGUGGGGCAUAUAUUUUCACCAACGAUAUCAUUCAUGCAUCGAGAGUCAUGCUUAUGCAUGCAUGUCGAAGCUAAUCAAUGAUCAGCUCAGCAAGCCCAACAACUAUACAAACUAGUGUUUCCAAGCUCAACAGGCCAAUUAAAUAAAUGGCUGUUUUGUUCGUAACA